GCGGCUGGCGAGAGCGGCGACCAGCGCGCGGGGCUGGAGGGCGCGCGGGGCCAGGACAGGGCGGCGGUGGGCCAGGCGGCAGCAUGGGCUCGCGGUGGGUCCCCAGCCGAGCCUGGGGCGCGGGGGGUCGGGCCGGGGCCCGCGGCCACCGCGAGGACGAUGGGCCCGUGUGGACCCCCAGCCCCACCAGCCGCAGCUACCUGCUCAGCGUGCGGCCGGAGACCAGCUUAUCAAGCAGCCGGUUGUCUCACCCCAGCUCUGGAAGGAGCACCUUCUGCUCCAUCAUUGCUCAGCUAACAGAGGAGACCCAGCCACUAUUCGAGACCACACUCAAGUCCCAGGCUGUGUCCGAGAACAGCGACGUCAGGUUCACCUGCAUCAUCACAGGAUACCCAGAGCCAGAGGUGACCUGGUACAAGGAUGACAUGGAGCUGGACCGCUACUGUGGCUUGCCAAAAUAUGAGAUCACUCAACAGGGCAACCGCCACACACUGCAGCUCUACAGGUGCCAAGAAGAAGAUGCUGCCAUCUACCAGGCCUCUGCCCGGAACAGCAAGGGUAUCGUGUCAUGCUCGGGGGUCCUAGAGGUGGGCACCAUGACUGAGUACAAGAUCCACCAGCGCUGGUUCGCCAAGCUGAAGCGCAAGGCCGCGGCAAAGAUGCGUGAGAUCGAGCAGAGCUGGAAGCACGGGAAGGAGGCGGCGGGAGAGGCCGACACCCUGCGCAAGCUGAGCCCCGACCGCUUCCAGCGAAAGCGACGGCUGAGCGGGGCUGAGGUGCCCGUCCCCGCAGCCCCCACCAGGGAGGCUGAGGACAGGAUCUCGGCAGCUUGGCAAGAGAGGGAGACUGAGCCCGGUCAGCCCCCACGUCUGGGCCUGAUCGACAGUUUUGCUCCCGGAGAGGUGACCACCAACGGGGAUGCUGCCCCUGAGAAUGGCGAGGACGGAGAUCACGGCCUGCUGACCUACAUCUGUGAGGCCAUGGAGCUGGGGCCUCAGAGAGCCCCCCGAAAGGAAUCUGGGGCCAAGAAGAAAAAGAAAGCCGAGGAAGCGAAGCCUGGCCUGCAGAAGCCAGAGUUAGAGAAGGCAGCUCGAGGCCACCGCUCUGAAAACUGUGUCCCCAGUUCAGACAAGCCUGACCCCUGUGGGACAGAGGGGCCCAUGGACACAGAGCGGGUUCAGACCUGGCUGGGAGGCCGCGGGCCUGGGCCUUCAGGAACAGGCAGCACCAGGGAGCCGGCGUCGGCCGUGGGCUCCCCAGCCCAGCCCCACAAGGCCCCAGCCCCGGGCCCAGGCCCAGACCAGGAAGUGUGUUUCUCCCUGAAGGAUAUGUAUCUGGAGAGCAUCCGAGCAGCCAGGCCUCAGGGGGAAGAGGAGCCCCAUGCCCAGGACGUCAGGGCACCUGGGGAGACGCCCUCAGGGGAGGUGCCCCACGAAGCAAAAGGCGAGAGAGGGCCUGCCGCCCCUGGCCAGCAUGUGCCCUCCGCCCCUCAGCCCACUAGGGCUUUCAACAGGAAGAGAUUUGCCCCUCCAAAGCCCAAAGAAGAGCCCGCCACCAACGGCAAGCCCGAGUCUUCCCUGAGUCAGGCUCCAGAGCCCAGAGCCCAGGGCUUGGGGAGGGUUCCGCCUCAGGCUCCUGUGCAGGUGCCCACACCCCCUUCCCGGCGGAAACACAGCGCGCAGGACAGCCCCUUGCAGGGACGGGCCGGCCGCAGGACCCCAGGAGAGGUCCUGGAGUCCCAGGCGGCCAUGGCUCCUACCGCCUCAGCCAGCAGCAGCGCCGAUGUAGCCUCUGCUGGUGGCGGCGCCCCCAGAAGCCAGGGCGCCAUUGAGCCCAUGGAUACAGACACCCAGGAGAGGAGAACGUGUGCCGACUGGAGACACGGAAACAAGAAGGGCACAGACGUGGAUGGGAAGAUGCACGUGGACGGGAGGACACAGGGAGACGGAACGCAGAUGGACACUGUGACACAGAAGAGCGAAGGAGAGGAGUCGGACAGGAGAGGCCAGGAGGAUGUGGCAGCACAGGGAAGGGCAGCGGCACAGGUGGGAAGGACACAGGAAGGCAGGCAGGCACGGGCAGGUGAGCAGAUGCAGGAGAAGAGGAGGACGCAGGACGACCAGGGGACACAGUCAGAGGGGGGCGCCCCCACAGCGAGUCACGUUCAGUCCGAGAGGGAGCCAGGGGGCAGCCGCAGCCCACAGUCCGGAACCCCUGAGCUCUCCCCUUCACAGCGCGCCAGGUCUCCUCAGGUUACUGGAUGUUCUGAGCAGACCCCAGAAGGGUCCUCAGUCCUCGAAAAACCCAGUUUCGUGCUCAGAGCUGAGGAGACGGCGGCAACAGUCACUACUAACCAAGGGAAAACUUGGCUGGGUCCCCUGUCAGGGGGCCUCACGCCGCCGGCCCAGCUGCAUCCCGAGGGCGGCUUGGAGCAGACCGGAGGGGCAGCGCCGCCGGUGGACCCGGGCGGCUGUGCUCCCGCUGGCCUGAGCCCGGCGGUGCCCACUCUGCCUGCUCCUGGGACUGGCCUGGCUGGGAGCUCACAGCAGGGGCUGCCGAGCACCCCCAGUUCUCAGCACACAGGCGCCGCUGCCAUUUUGCCCCCCGGGACCCAGGCCUUGCUGAGCUCUGCUCCUGCACCGCACCUGGGGCCAGGGACCCCCACCCGGAGCCGCCUACCAGAAACCGCGGCAGCCAGCCAUGAGGGUGCCUGUGCCAAGAUGCCAGACGAGGGAGGGGUGCCCUCGGGCCCACGGAGCUGCGACCCUGGCCUCAUAGAUUCCCUGAAGAACUACUUGCUUCUGCUGCUGAAGCUGUCCAGCACAGGGACGGGUGGAGGGGGCGCCGAGGCCCCGGGGGGAGCUGCUCCCGGGGGUCUGGAGCCCUCGCCCACACUGGCCCCCGCUGCGGGAGUGGCCGGCCUGAGUCCGCGGACGUCACGGCGCAUCCUGGAGCGUGUGGAGAACAACCACCUGGUGCAGAGUGCGCAGACCCUGCUGCUCAGCCCCUGUACCACCCGCCGCAUCACUGGCCUCCUGGACCGGGAGGUGGAGGCUGGCCAGCAGGCCCUGGCUGCUGCUCGGGGCCAUGGCCCCAGCCCCCUCAGUGUCCCCACCAUAGUGGUGGGUGAGGAGGGCCCUGGGCCGGCCUCAGAAGAGUCCAGCCAGGGUGAGGGAGAGGUUCCCCUUGAGGGGCCUGGCGUCCUGGGGACCUCCCGGGAGGGCAGCAUGGGGGGUCUGCUAGGAGAGGCAGGCAGACAGGCAGCCUCUGGUCAGGGAUCUCUGUCCACAGAGCGCAGAGCCCAGGAGCCCUUCCAGGAGGAGGGGCUCCCACGGGAGGCGCCAGCCGGUCUCCCCGCAGCUACCCCUGAGGAACUGGCUCUGGGGGCCCGGAGGAAGAGGUUCCUCCCUAAGGUCAGAGCAGUGGGUGACGGGGAGGCAAGCAAGCCCGAAGAAAGGGAGAGCCCCACGGUUUCUCCCCGGGGACCUAGGAAAGGCCUCGCGCCUGGGUCCCCGGGGACUCCUGGGCGGGAGAAACGCUCUCCGACCCAGGGCCGAAAGGCAGGCCUGCUGGAGGUGCCGCGGGCAGAGGAGGAGCAGGCGGCGGGAGACCUGGGCUCCAGCCCCAAGGCUGGCGGGCCGGACGCGGAGCUGGCCCUGGACGAGGGCAAGCAGGAGGCCCUGGCCAAGUCGAAGAAAGCCAAAGACCUGCUGAAAGCCCCACAGGUGAUUCGCAAGAUUCGGGUGGAGCAGUUUCCCGAUGCCUCGGGCAGCCUGAAGCUCUGGUGCCAGUUUUUCAACAUUCUCAGUGACUCAGUCCUGACGUGGGCCAAGGAUCAGCGCCCAGUGGGCGAGGUGGGCAGGAGCGCAGGGGACGAGGGGCCGGCGGCCUUGGCCAUCGUGCAGGCGUCCCCCGUGGACUGCGGUGUGUACCGCUGCACCAUCCAGAAUGAGCACGGCUCGGCCUCCACUGACUUCUGCCUGAGCCCCGAGGUGUUGUCAGGAUUCAUAUCCAGAGAAGAAGGUGAAGUUGGAGAAGAGAUUGAGAUGACCCCCAUGGUGUUUGCUAAGGGCCUGGCUGACUCUGGCUGCUGGGGGGACAAGCUUUUCGGGCGCCUGGUGAGCGAGGAGCUGCGAGGGGGUGGACAUGGGCACGGCCUGCGGAAGGCCUCCCAGGCCAAGGUCAUCUACGGGCUGGAGCCCAUCUUUGAGUCGGGCCGCACGUGUGUCAUCAAGGUGUCCAGCCUGCUGGUGUUCGGGCCCAGCAGCGAGACUUCCCUCCUGGGCAGAAACUACGACGUCACCAUCCAGGGAUGCAAGAUCCAGAACAUGAGCCGGGAAUACUGCAAAAUCUUUGCGGCGGAAGCCCGGGCGGCGCCUGGCUUUGGGGAGGUGCCUGAGAUCAUCCCGCUGUACCUGAUCUACCGGCCCGCGAACACCAUCCCGUACGCUACGCUGGAGGAGGACCUGGGCAGGGCCCUGGAGCCCUACUGUUCCCGGGACGCGCCGGCAUCAGGCAGCACGGAGGCCGUGCAGAAAUGCCAGACCUUCCAGCACUGGCUGUAUCUGUGGACGAACGGCAGCUUCCUGGUCACGGAUCUGGCAGGGGUUGACUGGAAGGUGACUGAUGUGCAGAUUGCCACCAAGCUGCGAGGAUACCAAGGCCUCAAGGAGAGCUGUUUCCCUGCCCUGCUGGACCAGUUUGCCUCCUCCCACCAGUGCAACAGCUUCUGUGAGAUGCUGGGGCUGAAACCCCUCAAGGGCCCUGAGCCUGCCCACUCCCAAGCCAAGGCCAAAGGCGCCAAGAGUCCAUCUGCCGGCAGGAAGGGCCCCCAACUGAGUCCUCAGCCCCAGAAGAAAGGCCUCCCCAGUCCCCAGGGCACCCGGAAGAGUGUCCCCAGCUCCAAGGCUACUCCUCAGGCCUCAGGGGCAGUUGCCACCCAGUCACUGGGACAGCCUCCCACCCAAGAAGGGGGCUCGAAGGCUCAGGGCACGCGGUAGCCCCUACGAGAGGCUGGGGGCCUUCACCCAGCAGCAGACCAACAAGGAAGCAGCUCGAACUGAUGGAGACUUUCCCAAUAAAGACCAACCAGGAAGGUGCACUGAGCAGGCACCCCCCCGGGGGGCCUCUCCGUGCAGCCUCUCCUCAGUCAGCGCCUCAUCAGGUGGCUCUGGGGCAUGGCACACAGCCCGGUGGCCUCUUCUGGUGCCAUGUAACCCCGGGCCCUCAGGCCCCACCCCAAGUGCCCGGGGGCUGAGGCCCUCCUUGAAGUUUACAUUGGCCACUGCUGGAGGCUCCCUGAGUCCUCUGCAUGAGUCCGCACCCCGGCCCCUCGCCCCAGGCAGGCCCUGCUGUGAACGGUGUCCUCUGGGGCACGCAGGCCAGCACGCACCCUCUGCCUUAGCUCCACGCUGCUGUCUCCCUGACUGCAGGGCUCCGGGCUUCCUCUGCUGCGUGACUCUCAGGGUGUCUUCUCCCUCAGGCUACUGUGCCUCCUUCAUCCCAGCUCACCCUGCAACUAACCCGUCCCUGAGCCCCAUUUGGGGCCUGUUCAGUCCUUGUGUGGUGGUCUUUGGUGACACGUGUUCUUGCUUUUCCUUCCCCCAUCACUCAGGCGCUCACUUGCCUGCCUCCCUUGCUGUCUUGCGCCCCGUCCCCCAUCCCUAGCUUGGAACCCGGUUGCAGCCUGCUGCCUGCCCUUCGCUGACUCUGCUUGUCCCCUGCCUGAUGGCCUCCCUAGCCUGGCCCACCACCCUACCCCCAGGACCCAGGUGAGGAGCAGACCCUCUGGCCUCUAGUCCACCCCAGUCCACUCCUUCCCUACUUUUCCCACACCCUCCUCCCGUGAGGUGGGAACUGGCCUGAGAGUGGUCAGCAGCUGGGGCCAGAGGGAGAGUGUGGACUUUGAGGGACUGUGUGCUCCAUACUGAAGGAGGGGGGCUCAUGUGCAGUUCAUUCGCCUCCCGGCUGGGGUGGAGGACUGUCUCUGCGCCUGGGACCUAGGACCCCUGCCCCCAUGCAUUAACUCUCCAUCCUGAAUCUCCGGCCCUGGGACCUCGUGUGUGGGCUCCCAAGGAACUGCUGUGCUUGGCCCAGGACCUGUGUCCUUCCUGGGGGCCCCUCCUGGAGGCCCUGGGUGGGGUGGGGCUGGAGCUAGCCUGCUCCCCUUGGAAUGCAAUAAAGGCAGCAACUGUGUUUCCUGCGCACCCUCCUCCAGUGUGGCUGUGGGGGUGUGGGCUCCGGGUCCCUCCCCCCAGGCAGGCUUCCUGAGGCGGCCAACAGUCCCUGGGCGCACUGGAGAAAGGAGUCCAUGUUUGGCUCCGGCCUCGACGUUCAGUCUCAGCCUCCUGUGGCCACAGCUAAACAGUCUGUGCUUCUGGCGCAGCUGGGCUGAUGGCGGUGCCCCUUUGCAGGGUGUCUGUGGACUUGGGGCCAGCGUGGCACGGCUCCUUCACUUGGGAGAGUGACACACAGAAGGAACCCAGGAGGGUGAAGCUGAGCUGGGGGCUCUGGGGAAACACCAGUGUCUCUGGCUUCUUCCAUGGCAGCCAGACCGGCCCAGGGGUCAGCCAGCACCUGCCUCUCAGCCACUCGCCGACCACUCUGCGUCCCGCGCGGUGGAGAGGCUUCUCGUUCCCAGUCCGUCCCUGCCCCCGCCCCCAGGCCCAGCUUUCCCUUGCCUGACAUGUACGCCUCCAUGUUGACAUUUCUGCCCUCUCUGUCUCCUCUGGGGACUCUCCCCACUUUGUCCUCUUGCCCUAGUGCGCCCCCACCUCUCCCCGCCCGCCUGCCAGGCUGCCUUGGUGAACUGCAGCUGGGACGUUGUCCACUCGUUCAUUCGUUCGUCCGUCCGUUCAGCAGACCUGCAGUGAGCCCCUCCCUGCUUUAUG